AUCGAUUUUUCUUUGCUCUUUUUCAAGUAACAGUUGUUAUUGGUUUUUAGAUGAAGAGGCAUGUUCAGGUAUUUGACUUUGUAAAGUAAACCUCAAAAUACCCCAAUAGCUGACUCGCUGCGGACAUUGUCGUGCAGAUCAAGCAGCAAUGGAGGACGAUGCACCCGUCAUCUAUGGCUUAGAAUUCCAGGGCCGCGCUGUUGCGGCACGUGCUGGUGAGACCGACUCGAUCUUCUUCCUGGUCGGGACGCAGAGCUUGAAGCAUGACAACCAGUUACAUGUCCUAGAGUUUGAUGACGAGAGCAAUUACAUAGAGAAGCAGAUCUUCUCCCAUCUUGCUGGAGAAAUCAAUCAUAUCAGUACGAGUGUGGCCGAUAAGGAUUUGCUGGCAACCUGUCACUCUGCAGUUGUCGAGAACAAAGUGAAGAGCGGUGCUACGGUGUGGCGUCUGCCCAGUGGCACACCGUCCACUCUGGCUCUGGACCUGAACAGCAGCGGAUCUCAGAUUGGCUCAGGCACGUUACCGGAGCUGGAGCGUGUCGCGGAGCUAGGUGGUCAUGAUGGUGUCGUGAGAGGGACGCAGUGGCACCCAGGUGGUAAUGGCAGUCGACUUGUCUCCGUUGAUCACAAGAACUUGCGAGUGUGGGACCUGAAAGCCUCCAGCGGGUCUGCAAAGCAAGUGAGCUGUGCAACACUGGAUGUUCGUCCAACGUUCUCCAGUGUGCGCUGGAACCCACACUUCAACUGCUCGCAGGUUGGCACUGCGGUCGACUCUGGCGUGCAGGGCUGGGACUUACGAUCGAUGAAGACCGCGUUCAGCAUUGAAAAUGCUCAUGGUCAGCUUGUGCGAGAUUUGGAUUUCAACCCGAACAGGCAGUACUACAUGGCAACGUGCGGUGAUGACUGCCUGGUGAAGUUCUGGGACCAGCGCAAGAUCGACGCGCCUCUCAAGAUCUGCCAGAGCCACUCCCACUGGGUAUGGUCGGUGCGAUUCAACCCGUUUCAUGAUCAGCUUGUGACGAGCAGCAGCAGCGACAGCCGUGUCAUCCUGCACGGCGUGCCGUCGCUCUCCUCCGAGCCCAUCGCUUCGGCCGACGAUGAGGAAGACCCGGACACCGAGAAGAGGGACCAGAAACCCCUCACCGAUGGUGAGCUAAGCCGCUACGAAGAGCACGAGGACAGCGUGUACGCGGCAGAGUGGAGCGCGGCUGACCCGUGGGUGUUUGCGUCGCUCUCCUAUGAUGGUCGGCUGGUAAUCAACCGUGUGCCGCGCAACACCAAGUAUCAAAUCCUGCUAUGAGCGUGAUGUAAUAGUCCGCGCAACACCAAGUAUCAAAUCCUGCUAUGAGCUAUGUGACGUAAUAUGCCGCUCCACGGCUGAGGAUUUUUUGAUGAAUUGCUGGUGUGUAUAGCUGUUGGACCAGCAUAGCACUAGUAAUUCCGGCAGCAGGCCGUAGAACUGCACUUGUCUGUUGUGCGAUAGUGCAUUGUUUGUUUCAUGUGUAUGUGCGUUGUUCGUUUGUGUAUUGCUUGCUUGUUUUGUGUUUGUUUGCGUGUUUGCUUGUACAUACUGGUAGUUGUUUGACGAUUUACUUUACUAAAGUUAAGUGCGCUGCUCCGCCUCUGCUGCUGCUGCUGCUACCGUAUACAUAGCGCUUGUAAAUUGCCUCUCUCCUUGCUACACAUACCGAUCCAUUGGCACUGCCUUCACGCCAACCCAUUCACCCAUUGCUCCCAUGCACCCCUGCUAACCCAUGCCUGCUAGUUCUGAUGUCGGUUAUGCCAGGAAGUACCCGUACUAGCUUCCUGGCUUAUGAUGAGUAUUGAGUAUGUUCUAUUUUUCGAUCCGGUUCUAUAUUUUAUUGAUGAUUUUAUUCGCUGUAGAAUUUUUUUUAACAUGCUAUUCUGUACCGUGAGCCCAGGGCACUUCACGCUGUACUCUGUGACUAGACAGACGAAGAAAUUAAUGUCCUGAUCCAGUUA